AUGGGGAGACUGCGCCCUCGCUCUCCCUCACGGAGCUCGUGGACUACAUCUAGAGGUCUGCAUGCAAGAAGGUAUUGGAGCAAUGAAGGUGGUGAGGGAAGGAGCAAAAGCUGUGGAACUCUCUGUAAUUCCCGACGAGAGCGCCGAUGGGACUGGCAGAAUCGGCGACCAAUAGUCCCCAAAUUUUUAUCUUUCCAAGUCCAGAGCAAAGGAUUCAGGACAGACCACAGUGUGGAUGGCUUGAAGCAGACCUUCUUGAACUUUUCCCAGUCCGCGAGCGAAGUCUCCGUCCCUGUUUACGGCGGUUGCGAGAUCGAGUUCAUUCGGGCUAUUUCAGUUUGCGGCGAUGAUCAACCCACUGUCAUUGCAGUUCCAAAUGAUCAACAUGCUAAUUAUCCAUUAUGGAAAGGAGAAAGAAAGAGAACUAAGUCAACCAACAACUGAGAAGAACAGAUUAAACUUGAUGCGAGUGGAAGAAGAAGCAAGACAAGUACCUUGAGCUGAAGUGCUUGAGUGGAAAAGAGAUAUUGACGCGGCUCAAUCCAAUUACACAGCUAUUUCAGCAUCCAACCAUGUUUUCAGAUUGAGACACGCCAAUACCUCCUGUGCACAUCACAAGCAAAGCACUGAUUUGGCCUCGUCUUCCACCAUGAUAACCUGCACUUAGUUCUUCUCCUUCCCUUUGAUGACAAUUCAGAAACAAAGCUAACAGUGAGAACGGCACACAAUAAAGCAAAGGGCUCACAGAAGGGCGGGAGUAGGUUUUGGAGUUGAUGGACAUGAGCUAUGAGAAGGAGAGUUACAUAAACCCUGAUUCUUGAUUAUUUGCGCAUCAAAUGAAAAAGGCAUCUUCCUUUGUGUUAGCUUUCUCUCUGCAAUCACUUUUAUAAUUGUUCUCCUUCUCCAGAUCAUUUUCUUGUCAUAUGGCUCCCAAAUGCUACAAAAAGGGUAACAAGAAAGGAAAGGGGUGAGAAAGUGAAUUUUAUGGGGGGCCAUAAUAAAAUGCAUGAUUAUACUUGCUGAGUUUGUUUGAUAUGCAUUUUUAUCUUCUAUCUUCUCUUUAUCUUUUCUUUAUCUUUUAGAUCCAUGAUGUAUCUCUUAAAUGCUGACACUUAAUAUGUCUUCCUUGUCACGCUUUCAAUGGAAAUGUUUGGUUUGCUAGAAAACAAUGCAGUUGCGUCAGCAAUAAAUAGCAGUUUUUUUAGUGGAAGAAAAGUCCAUCUCUUAAUGUUAGGUCUUGAUGUGAACAAAUAAUGUAUAUUAAUUUGUUGCUAGCAAGUAGAACUGACUGUGGAUAAAUAUACUACGUACACAUGAAAUCAGUAAGAAUCAAUUGAAGCUUCUACUUAAAUGAGCAAGGAAGACAUCAAAUGACGAAGAGCUGUGCCAUGGUGAAACAGCAUAGAUAAGUAAACACUAAUCCAUUGCUGUUUAGCUGGGAAUCAGGAUAAACGCAGGGAGUCAAAGGUGAUGAUGGGGUUGUUGUGUCGCAUUAAAUUCUCUGUCGCCGAGCUCAAGAGCAAUCACUUUCAGAAAAUCAGCUUCUGCUAAAGCAACGGAUUUGUUCCUGUUUCCUUGAGCAAAAUUUCAACUUUUACCGUCGAGAAUUCAGAGUUCCCUUUGUUUAGAUUUUGAUGUGGAUGGCGGCUGGCUGGCUGGCUGGAUUCUAAAGCUCAAUUGGAGAAACUGUGAGAGUGAAGAAAGGUCAAAGUGUAUGCAUCAUAUUGGUAAGUCGAAGGCCAAAGAAAUCGAGGAGGGGUCCUACAAGAGAGAGAGGACUGUGGAAUCUGGCCCUUCUUGGUACUUUGGCACAGUGGUGGAGCCAUGGACGCAAUGAUUGUUGACUGUUGCAGAAAGCGAACUUGUUAUUUAUCUCCUCAAAGUCAAGUCAAUGGCAAUGUGUAAUAGAAUGAGAAGCUGAACAAUUGCUAAGUACUUUAAAUGUCUUGAUAAAUUUAGUCUGAAUUAUUCUUCUAAUUAUCAAA